AACCGGUUGUACGAGCUGAACUGAUGGAACAGGUUCCUCACAUAGCUAUGUACUGCCAGGAGGUCCCAGAGCAUCUGAGUCACGUAGUUCCAACUCAUCUUCUCCCCCUUGUAGUCACAUUUCUUACAGAUAAAAACAACCAGGUUCGGAAAACAAGUCAAGCAGCACUCCUGGUUCUCCUGGAGCAAGGGUUGGUGGAGAAGUCAGAUGUUGAGGAGCAGGUUUGUCCUGUUAUUAUAAAAUUUACUGAAGCGGAUUCUCUUGACGACUACAGAACUGAAGCAGUGGCGCUGCUGUCCAAGAUGGCUCCCAUGAUCGGUCGUGAGAUGUCUGAGCGCUUGUUCCUGGAAAGGUUUGCGGCAUUGUGCGUGGACCCACUCUUCCACGUUAGAAAAGUGUGUGCGGCAAAUUUUGGAGAUUUUAGCGGCGUUGUUGGACCGGAAUCCACAGAGAAGAUACUGUUACCGAAGUUCUUCUAUCUGUGUGAGGAUGGAGUAUGGGGAGUGCGUAAAGCGUGCGCGGAUGUAUUUAUGCCGGUCAGCUGCGUCUGUUCUCCUACUGUGCGUCAAACAGAGCUGUCUCCGCUCUUCAUUAAUUUACUCAGAGACCAGAGCAGAUGGGUGAGAAUGGCUGCUUUUCAAGCCCUAGGUCCCUUUAUAUCCACCUUUGCUGAUCCUGCCAUCACAGCUCUUCUACACAACGAGAACGGAGAGAUCAUUAUAACAGAUGCUGAACAGCUUGCAGAGAGAUUAAAUAUCCUGGAGAAAACCAGAUCUCAGCAGAGAGAAUCCUCUUCCAAAACCAUCUCAGCUAAUCUUAAUUCAGAGGAGGAGAACACAGUUAACAACAAUACAGACGAUAUUGUCGUGUCCAACACCGUGAAUAACAACGUGGAAGAGAUGGAUGAGAGGGAGGAUGAGUGGUCUGCUCAGUUGGUGGCAACUUCAUCUCCUAAAAGUUUAGAAGAAAGAAGAGCGAACAUGUAUUUUGAAUCCAGGAGAGGCGACAAUUCAAACUAUUCGACUUUUCUGUACUGGAGGGAACCUGUCGCAUCCCUUGAUUUGGUCGACAUAGACCUUGAUGCGUCGGAAGGCGGCAUUCAAGAUACCGAAAUGGUUGAUGUUGAAAAUAAACUGGAAUCUGAAUCUUCUGAAACUUCAAAUUCUUCGUCUGAACCCAGUAGUUCAAAUGAAGAAGAACCGAAAAAAUCUGAAGAAGUCAAAAACAUCGCGGAGGAGGUCAAAAAAGAAGACGAGGCUGUUAAAGAGCUGGAAGAAGAGGUUAAGCUGAUAGAGGUAACAGAUGAUGAGGAUAGUUUAGAAGAGAAUAAAGAAGAAGAGUCUAAAGAAGAUACAGAGAAAGGAGAGAAGGAAGAGGAGAAGGAGGAGAAGAGUGGAGAGGAUAAGGAAGGGGAGGAGGACCCUGUAAAAAGUUCAGAAGCUGACGAAAAUAUGUGGAGUAGUCUUCCCGUUAUUACGUUUCAAAAAUUCGAUGUUAUUACAGGGAGUCAAGAGACCUCAACGCUAGAAAUGUUCCAAUCAUCGUCGGCAGAGAAGGAAAAUAUUUCAACAUUUGAUCCUCAGAAUAGAUGGGGAUCCUUCACAUCCCUUCAUUCAUCCAGGUACAGGACAAGGUGGCUGCAGUACGUAUAGCUGCUACUGUUGUACUAUCGAAUAUAAUCCAACUACAGGAUACGGAACUUAACAACUACCUCAAUGGAGAACUAGCAGAUAAGUUGGCGCACAGUACACAUUGGAAUCGAAGACAAACAUUCGGAGUUUUAUGUAGCGAGCUGGUCAUCAGUAUACCUUACUCAUCCUUCUCCCAGGAUUUGCUCCCGCAUUUAUUGGAUUUGAGUUGGGAUCGGGUUCCUAAUGUGAGAAUGCAGGUUGCAAAAGUUCUAGGAUACUCUCUUCCAGAUGAAUACUACGAUGAUGAGAGUUUGGCCUCACAUGACCUCAUUGUACAGGCUUUAAAUCAAUUGUCCAGAGACGAUGAUUCAGAUGUGAGAGAGGCUGCGGCCUCUGGGCACAGGGUCAACAACUGUCCUCCUCCUGUACAGAUGGAGGUUGUGGUGGCCGGGGAAGAAGAAGCGGGCGUGUCUGGUUCCCCCAGCUGGGCGGAGAUCGCUGCUAAAUAAAUCUUUUGUCUUGGA